AGUUAUAGAGGGCGCUGUUGACUUUACCUUGUGGAAGCUGUGCAUCCGUACGUACGUGCGGACUAGACUCCGAAUUAUCUUUUAUUUACAGAAGAUGCAGAAGAUGUUAAACUUAAAGCGCAGGGUACACAAUGUCUAGAUUUGCUAUCGACCCAGGCUCUGUUUCAUCCUCUUAAGGAAGACAAGGCCAUCACAGUAGCGUAAUGCGUGGAAAACAGCUGAAGUCCGUCACAGGCCCAUCGGCCAAAUCGUACGCGACCUAUAAGAACUGCAGUCCCCGUGUGGCGGACAUACUGUGGGUCAACUGGGAAGGGGCUCGAGUGAACUACACAAAGAAUGGACUGAAGCAGGGCUACAAGAUGCACAUGAACACUUAUGAGGGACAUCCCUGGAUAUUUCGAGAUCAUCAUAGCGGGGACAAGCUUGUCUUUACCGCCGGAACGGACAGGCAGAGUCAAGAGGUGUUCUUUCCAAUUCCAGUCGAUGAUCAACAUCCACAUGCCACCCAGGUCAACAUACAGAUACCAGUGUACACAUUACGGGAGAGAUCGCUCCAAGUUGUCAGAAACUUUAUCAAGGACAAAUCAGAUUUUGACAAAUUGGAGAUUCCUCUCGAGUUGAAGUCCCAGCUUGCCAACCCAGAAGACACUGUCGAAUGGUGAACUACCUAACGAUGCUUGCCAAUGUGGCGAUAACCUUCCACAAGUUUUCCUGUGGGUUCUUUUGGUGUCAUCGGUUGAGACAAGUUGAUGAUGAAGUUACACUGAGGAAUUCCUAGAAGCGGCGGAGUUGUGCCCAGCAUCAUCACCAAAGUCCGAUAAUUGUAGCCUGAAACGUUGUGUGUAUGUUGGUACAUAGGGGAACUGGUAUACAUCGAAUGGAAUAGAAAAAGGGGUAGGCCUGUAUGUGAACUAUUUAUACACCAGUUUUACACCCCCCCCCCCCCAAAAAAAAACCCACAAUUUUUUGGGGGGGCGUAAUGAUCAUGCCAGUUUUUGUGAGUUAUGCAUCUUGCUGUCAUUGCAAAAUUGAUCCAACCCUCAGAAACAGAUUCUUUCAGAAAACAACUUCAGAUGCAAAUUGUUUCAGUGAAAAUUGUUCAAAUAUCAAUGUGUUCAUCUGCAACUAAUCCAGUAAAUGGAAGUUAAUAAUAUGUUAUCUGCAUUCCUAGGGCGUGUGACCUUGACCAUUGUCAAGUUACCCAUGGGGAUAUGGAAGAGUCCAUUGUUUGCUAUGUCCAUGACUGUGAAUCUGUUAGGGGACUGUGGCAAGUCUAUUCUUUGUUUUAUUGCUUUUCAAGGUAGGAAUAGGUCAGCCGGAAAACAGACAUCCCUGUAGUGCACUUCCU